CUGCUAAUUUCUUCACCGCUCUUGUAUAAAAUAAAUAAAUAAAUAAAAAAAAUACUCCAGCGUGAGGGAAAGUGGACAUUCAAUGAAUGGAACAACAACGCCUGGAAACCGUGGAAAAGAUGAGGAGGAUAUUGAAGGAUCCGGGAUGCAUUCAUGGGUACUAUUAUCAAGAGCAAAACUAUAUUGAUUCCCAGAGAAAAGGCUGUUACGAGAUGUAUGAAUCGUUCAAAACGUCCUGCUCCAGUUUGAUAGAGUACUGGGCCAUCAAUGAUGACAAUAUUCCCUGGAAAAUGACUCCGACCACCUUGGGUAAUUUGAAAUCAUACAACUUUGAGGAAUUGAAAGAUAUGACCAAAAACUCUAACGUGCCAAUUGGAUACACUAUGCAUGGGAGAUUGUACAAAGGUUCCAUUCUCGAUGACAAUGACGGAGGAACGGAAGAAGUUAUCAUCAAAACAUGGGAUUUCCUUUAUCCAAUGGGACAAAGUCGGGUCUAUUGUGACCAUCCAUCAAGAUUUUGUAAUGAGCUUGAAAUACUGACAGAUGAAAACCGACAUCCAUGUUUGAUGAAGUUAAAGGGUUUCUGUUUUCAGAAAACACUCGCAGUUGUGUAUGAUGAAAGACCAACUCGUGAAAAUGGAAGACCAUUAAAGUUUUUGUUGGAUGACAUUCUUUAUAGUCAUAUGGACAAUAGCUUUAAAUUCCGUGAUAGAAUAAAGGUGGCUGGUCAACUGGCUAGCCUCAUUGCCUGGUUGCACGAGAAGCAAUUUACUUUCCGUGAAAUCAGAUCUUCUGGCAUUGUGUCUGACGAGGAAUUCAAUAUAAAAGUAUUCGACUUUAAUUUCCUUGCUCGUGCAAGUGAGAUGGGUAAAGUACGGGGCCUUUAUCCUGUUGGCUUUGAUUCUCCUGAGUUUGGGGGUUCUCAGCCUUUAGAAGCUGAUGUAUACAUGUUUGGUAUUCUACUUGUGGAGUUGUUUAUCGAUGUCAAUGAAAAAAUUCCCCCUCCACACUACCACUGGAUUCAGGGACAGCUCCAAAGCGGAAGAAAGUCGAUAGUAGACAAAACACUUCUCCGAGAUGAAGAUGACGAGCUGUUUGCUAAUAGAAUCACGACUAUAGCAGCAAAUUGUCUGGACAAGGAUCCAACUACACGCGUAGCUAUGAAGUAUGUCUCUGAUCAGUUGUCCGAUUUGAUGGUGGAAGCAGCUAGGGAAAGGGGGACCAAGAGGAAAAUCGAGGAGUUGAGUUAAAGUCUAGAUACACUGUCGAGGUUUGCUGUUGGAAGCCUUCUUCGUGGCUGCUGAACAGUUAACUUUAGUUAGCUCUGGAAAUCAGUAGAUUGUACCUGACUUGUUUUUAUCACCAAAGAUGAUUAACAUAACGUUUUCUAUUCCUCUUCUGGUUAUUUCGAUGGUGCUUGUUGGAAAUCUAGGCUGUAAAGAGCCAUUUAAAAAUAGAUUGGGAUCUUAUGAAGUAAGUUGUUAUGACGUUCUGGUUUUA